UAAUUUAAGGUUUCAUCGAAGUAAAACAGCAUACCUAGUAAAACAGCAUACUUCCUUAAAGCAGAAAAAUUAUGGAAGCCCAAAGAGAUGAGCGUGUCUCAAAACUACUUGGAGCUCAAACCCAUGUUUGGAAUCACAUUUUCAGCUUCAUAAAUUCCAUGUCCCUCAAAUGUGCAAUUGAGUUGGACAUACCUGAUAUCAUACACAAGUAUGGUCAACCCAUGCCACUCUCAAAACUCACUACUUCACUAUCAAUCCACCCUUCCAAAGCCAAUUGCAUAUAUCGCUUGAUGCGAAUUUUGACCCAUUCUGGCUUCUUCUCUCAACACAAGGUCAACGAGAAUGAGCUAGAAAUGGGUUACGUGUUGACCGAUGCAUCUACUCUACUACUUAAGGACAACCCCUUAAGUAUGGUACCUUUCUUGCAUGCAAUGCUUGAUCCAACUUUGACACAGCCAUGGCUUCAAUUGCCAACAUGGUUCAAAAAUGAUGAUCCCUCGCCAUUUCAAACAGCACAUGGGAUGAAAAUUUGGGAUUAUGCUGACCGCGAGCCAAGGCUUAAUGACCUUUUUAAUGAUGCUAUGGCAAGUGACACUCAAUUGGUUGCCAAUGUGGUGAUUGAGAGGUGCAAAGGAGUGUUCAAUGGAUUGGAGUCACUUGUUGAUGUUGGGGGUGGCACAGGUACUAUGGCAAUGGCUAUUGCCAAAUCAUUCCCACAACUAGAGUGUACGGUGUUUGAUCUUCCACAUGUUGUUGCCACUUUACAAGGAAGUGAGAACUUGAAAUAUGUUGGAGGGGACAUGUUUGAGUCAAUUCCUUCUGCUGAUGCCAUUCUCUUGAAGUGGAUAUUGCAUGACUGGAAUGAUGAGCAGUGUGUGAAAAUACUGAAGAAAUGCAAAGAGGCAAUAAAGAGCAAGGUGAUUAUCAUAGACAUGGUGGUGGAGAAUGAAAAGGGAGAUGAUGAAUCAAUUGAAACACAGCUCUUCAUUGAUAUGGUUGUGAUGGUGCUGUAUCCUGGAAAAGAGAGAACUGAGAAAGAAUGGGCCAAACUGAUUUUCUCUACUGGUUUCAGUGACUACAAGAUAACUCCAGUGUUGGGUUUAAGGUCUCUCAUUGAGAUUUACCCAUAACAACUUCUUAUGAAAUGUGGUAUAUAGGAGAAGGACCAGCACUAUCAUCAAUAAAGGCUCAUUCUCCCCUUCACAAACCAAAAAAUAAUAUAUAGUUGUAAUAAUGUUCCAAAUGUCCCAGCACUCUGUCAUAAGUAAAGGUCCUCGGAUUAUUUUGUAUUUUAAUUUGUCUUGCAGUGUAAUCUAUAAUAUAUAGUUGCAAUAA